CAAAUAAACAAGUAAACAAAUGAAAUCACCAGGCUCUCGCGUUGUCGUCUCGAUGACGUCAGUGGCGUGACCUCGCCUGAUUGGUGGUCAGCAGGCAGCCGAGGUUCCUGCUUCCGGUUUCAGAUCAGAUCGGGGACAACGGAGCAGAUUGUGCGGCAUCAUGAGUCAGCGGACCGAGCGGCGGGGGAUACAUGUGGACCAAUCAGACCUGCUGUGCAAAAAGGGAUGCGGUUUCUACGGCUACACAGCAUGGCAGGGUCUGUGCUCCAAGUGCUGGAGGGAGGAGUAUCAGCGGGUACGGCAGCAACAGAUCCAGGAUGACUGGGCCUUGGCAGCAAAGUUGCAACGGGAGGAGGAGGCAGCGUAUGCCAGCAGUCAGGGAGCGCAGUCCCAGCCCCAAGCCCAGUCCACACCACCACACCCAGGACACGUCUCCCUAGGUCCCUUUUCCAAGUUUGAGGAGAAGAAAACCAAUGAGAAGACUCGAAAAGUGACCACCGUUAAGAAGUUCUUCAGCCCUUCAUCACGCACCGCUUCUAAGAAAGAAGCGCAAGAGGGCAAAUCGCCCAGCCCGUCGAUUAGCCGCCAAGCCAGCUUCGAUACAGACCAAGUGUCCAAGGACUUUGUGGACUUUUUGAAGAAUCUCCAGAAGCCUGGGAGGGAGAUCCAUAAGCAGUCUCGAGCCUUCAUAGUCACCAUGUCCAGCAAGAAGGAUCUCGGUGCUGAUGAACUUUCAGAGUGCGUUCAGGAUUUCUACCAGCACUUGGCUGACCGCUUGAUGGGUCACUUUAAAGGCUCUUCAGAUUCUGUGGAGCAGGUGAUGGACCAAGUGGAAAAGUACAUAAUGACUCGACUGUAUAAGAGCGUGUUCUGUCCAGAAACCAGUGAUGACGAGAAGAAUGAUCUGGCCACACAGAAAAGGAUACGGGCUUUACACUGGGUGACCAUAGAGAUGCUCUGUGUGUCCUUUGAUGAAGAAAUUCCUGAAGUCUCUGAUAAUGUGGUCAACGCAAUAACAGAUAUCAUCGAGAUGGACUCGAAGAGGGUUCCUCGGGACAAACUUUCGUGCAUCACACGCUGCAGUAAACACAUCUUCAGUGCCAUUAGGAUCACCAAGAAUGAGCCGGCCUCCGCUGAUGACUUUCUCCCCGCGCUCAUUCACAUCGUGCUCAAGGCGAACCCUCCGCGACUUCAGUCCAACAUCCAGUACAUCACUCGCUUCUGUAACCCCAGCAGGCUGAUGAGCGGAGAGGAUGGAUACUACUUCACCAACUUGUGCUGUGCAGUGGCCUUCAUCGAGAAGUUGGACGCUCAGUCUCUCAACCUCUCCCCGGAGGAAUUUGAGCGCUACAUGUCAGGCCAAGCUUCACCGCGAUUCAGCACCUCAGACGGCGACUUGCGCCAGGCUGGUUCGUCACCUGACGUGACCGCCACCAACCCCGCCCUGGCUCAGCUCAAUCACAAUCUGAAGCUGCUGUCGGGCCUCAGCAGCAAGCAGGAGAGUCUGAUGGAGGCCGCUCAGAGCCUGCAGGCCGAUCUCAUCGCCUGGCCCGAGACCGUGCAACGGGAGGUGAACGGAAUCGUGGAGAAGUACCCUCUGGAGAUUCUGUCUCGCACAGUUUCUGCCAUCGAUGCCAACAACAUGGAAAAUGACAACCUGCCACCACCGCUCACACCCCAGGUGUUUGCUGGGUAGUGGAGUCCCCAAAGGGAGGAAACGUUUCACUUGCAGCUAAGGUACUCCUGCUUUAAGUCAGCUAACUACCUGUGCUUUGAGUUUGAUGGUAACAUCCCACAUGCAACCAUCUCCAGUAAAGUUUACAGCUUCACCUUGCUGAGUUGCUUCUGCACCUUAAAGGCCCAGUGUCCUAAAUCACUCCUUAUAUCAUAUAUGGUACACUCUUUUUAUUUUAAUAUUUCCUCUAAAUAAUGUCCUUAUACAAUGCAAAGAGAAAGGUAAUAUUAUUAGCGCAUACUGCAGCUGUAAUUGAGUGCCUAAUAUAUAUGGAGUAGCAGAUGAGGAAGUGAUUUCAAACACAGCGCCAGUCACACCAGCAUUAUAAACAAUAACAUUUCACACUAUCAAUCAAUACAUUUCAAUAUAGUCACAGUGAUCAGUGGAUUUCCCCACAAGGCAAAGUUAAUCUGCUCCAGUGUUGCCAGAUGUACGCUAAUUAUUGUAUUUGUAUGAUAAUCUUGCCCUCUGUACGAUCAAUAAUCAACGGUGUGCGAUAAUUUGAUCAUUUUGCGACAUGUAGUAUUAUCAGGUGUAAUCAAUUUCGACUGUAUUCACGCAUCUUUUCUCACGUUAGGACCUUCCUGUCUGAUGUUUCAAAAUAAGAGCCCUCUGCCUUGAAAAGGAUCGUUUCUGAAUACUAAAUUCGCUUUGGAAUGUCAACACAGAGACUACUCUGGUUGUACGAUAAUUUCCCUUAAAAAUAUGAUAAUUUCAAGCUUCUGGUACAAUACUUCAACAUUUCCCAUCUGGCAACGCUGAUCUGCAGCAAUCUUUCAUUGCAAUUUCAACUUGUAAAUGCAAAUGUGGGCAGUUGAACAAAAGCAGUCAGUCCUAAGCUAAAUAAUAAUUCUCCUCUGUCGGAGUUAACAGACCCGCAAGAUAUAUGUGACAGUUUUUAUAUGGUCCAAACACCUCUAUUAUAUAAAAUGAGAGAGUUUUUUAAUUCAUGACUGAGCUAAUGUGACAGUUAGCAACCUACUAGCACUAGCAUGUUAGCUAGCUAAAGGCGUUCACCAGCUACCAAAGGAAAGGUCUCACUGAAUUUACUGGCAGAUAAAAAUACAGCUAAUUGUUCUUGUAUUUUCUUACAGAGGUAAACACUAGUAAUAAUACUAAAAAAUUACUUGCUAUUUGGACCUUAAACAUUCAGCAUUAUCCGAGUUACUUCAUUGAUCUUUAAAUGUUUAUGGUAUUGCAUUAAAUUGUUCCCUUACAGUGCACAUUUACUUAUGUUAAAAUACUGAUGAAGGCUAGUUAGAAAUAUCUCUUAAAAAAAAAGUGAUUGAUACAUUUAUAUUUGCUUAGUUAAACAUGGGCUCUCUUGAACUUGUGUUUUAUUUUCAGUAACAAUAACGAUCGGGUUUGCUUUCACACCUCUGUGUCAACUCACAUUUGGACUGGUUCGAACAUUUAUAUAUUGGUACAUUUAUAUAUGCAUUAUAUUGGUUUGGGCAUUAAUAGCACCGUAAUCCUCUUCAAAGCUGCUUCUCUUUCAUCACAUCUGCCAAAUGUCAGAGUUUUCACUCUUUGUGUUUCUGCGUGAAGCCAGUUUGACGUGUCAAUAUAAGCACAUAACUCCUUUUCUCGCUGUGUUUUAAUAUUUAAGAAAUCCAGCUGUAAAAAAAGUAGAGGAGACACAGACCGAGUCUGUCAAGUUGUCGUAAUAUAUCAAAUGAACUUAAAAAGCUCCUUCAGUUUUAUUUUUUAUUUUAAUGAAUACAUUGUGCUGACUUUUUAAAAUUUAGUGUCUUUUGUUAGGCUUUCCACAAUUUUAUUUCUAUAAUCAGUCUGUGCUAUAAGGUAGUAAGCAUCUUAUACUAUAAAUACUGUAUUUAAGAUAUUAAGUUUGUUGUUUUAUGAUUUUCAGUACAAGGUUGAGUGUACCAGCAUGCUGUUGUUGUCUGACUGCUGCCCUAUCACUGUCAAAAUGUAUAAUAUAACUAUUAACUCUCGUGAAGGGACAGCUGAUGUUUCAAAUUAGGUUACGGUAAUUUACCACACUCAACUGCAAAGAGAACCAGUGUGUUUUACCAAAUCCAGACACUAGCAGGAUGAUGUUAGUUAGUUAAAUGAUGCUCUUAUUUCCUUUAGCUAACUAGUGUUUUAACCUAAUUAGUUGGAUUGAUGUUUUUUUCCAUUUUUAAAUCUAAAAUUAAAUAUCUGAAAGAGCAGCAGACUCUUUAUUUAUAAAAGGGAAGCUGAGUAGAGUCAAAACCAUGAGUAUAAACAUAUAAAUGAAUAUGUUUUUUUUUUUCUUCAAAUUCAAAGUUCAGGAACUAUAAAAAGUUUGUCUGGUGACGUUAAAAACUAACAAAUAAUUGAUCCUAAUGAUUUCUCUGUAGCCAGAGCUUGAUUUAUGUAAUUCCUCUGUGCCAUUGACCUCAUUGCUGUUAAAAAAAACGAUUUCUCAUUUCUGAAGCAGAAACUCUUGUAUGAGGGACAUCUGC